GUAAAGAAGAGGAAGUAAAAGUAGCAGCAGCAGAAGGAGAGGGAGGAGAAGACAGCGGCUUUUUCUUAAACACGUGUAAUAAUUUCUAUGUGAAUCCACAUUUGCACCUUUUUUAAGCCAAAUCCGCGCGGCCAGAAAAGCCACUGCAGACCACGAUGGGGGCAUAUCUGUCGCAGCCGAACACCACCAAGACCUCCUCCGACGGCGGCAAUAGCAGCAUGAGCUACGGCUUCUCUGCCAUGCAGGGUUGGCGGGUCUCCAUGGAGGAUGCCCACAACUGCAUUCCAGACUUUGAUGAAGAUACAGCCAUGUUUGCUGUGUAUGAUGGACAUGGAGGUGAGGAGGUGGCUCUCUACUGUUCAAAGUAUCUUCCUGACAUCAUCAAAGAGCAGAAGAUGUACAAAGAUGGCAAGCUGCAGAAGGCACUGGAGGAUGCAUUUUUGGCCAUAGAUGAGAGAAUAACUAUGGAGGAGGUCAUUAAGGAGUUGACACAGAUUUCUGGGCGCCCUGCUGAGGAGCCGCCUUCCAACAAGGUUGCAGAGGAGGACGACUUGGACACAGAGGAGGCAGCUCUGCUCCACGAGGAGGCCACCAUGACCAUAGAGGAGCUGCUUGUACGCUACGGUCAAAACCUUAAUGCUGUCAAACACGCAGCUGCGGCCGCAGCCGCCAGCGGGGUAGGUAAGAAGGCCUCUCCCCAGAAUGCCGACGUCUCGAAAGAUAAAGAAGAUUCUGAGCCACAGAAGAAAGGAGUGAAUGGAGAGGUGGAGGAGGAGAGUGAUGGAAAGGGGAAGGACGGAGCAGCAGGGUGCGGGUCUAAGCUACGAGCCUGUCGGAGAACAGGAGGAGGUGCAGGGAGCGGCUCAGUUAAAAGUGGAGAGUCGGGAAGCUCCAAUGGAGAGGAAAAGGCUGGGAAAGCAGAAGGAGAUGCAGGGCCUUCCUGCUCCUCUGCGUCCUCUAAGGCUGAUGGAGAUGCAAAAUCCAGGUUUUUUGAUGAGAGUGAAGAGUCUGAGGAGGGAGAGGAGGAGGAGGAGGAGGGCAGUGACGAAGAGGAUGGGAGUGAUGAGGAGGAAGCUGACAGCAGUGAGAUAGAGGAAGAGGACGUAGAAGACUCUGAGGAUGAAGAGGACGAGGAUGAGGAGAUGUGUCUACCUGGGGUGGAUGGAAAAGAAGAGCCCGGCUCAGACAGCGGCACCACAGCUGUUGUGGCUCUGAUCCGAGGGAAGCAGCUGAUUGUGGCCAACGCUGGCGACUCCCGCUGCGUCGUUUCUGAACGGGGCAAAGCUGUUGACAUGUCCUACGACCACAAGCCAGAGGAUGAGGUGGAGCUAACUCGCAUCAAAAAUGCUGGAGGGAAGGUGACCAUGGAGGGGCGGGUCAACGGUGGACUGAACCUCUCCAGAGCCAUCGGUGACCACUUCUAUAAAAGGAACAAAACGCUGCCCCCUGAGGAGCAGAUGAUCUCCGCCAUGCCUGACGUCAAAGUUCUGACACUAAACGAGGAUCACGACUUCAUGGUUAUAGCCUGUGACGGCAUCUGGAACGUUUUGAGCAGUCAGGAGGUGGUGGACUUCGUCAGCGAGAGAAUCAAACCAGACAAGGACGGCAAAACCAGGGCCCUCUCUUCCAUUGUGGAAGAGCUUUUGGAUCACUGUUUGGCUCCUGACACAUCUGGAGAUGGCACAGGAUGUGACAACAUGACCUGCAUGAUCAUCACGUUCAGACCACACCCGGCUCAGCCGGACAACACCAAGAAGAGGAAGCUCCAGGAGGAGGCCGAGGGCGCUGAGCCAGAGGAGAACAGAAACAGCAAAAAGGGGAAAAGCGAGUGAAGGAGGAGGGGUCGAAACAACAAACAUCAGCUCCAAUAAGAUGUGUAUAGUUUUUUUUGUUUGUUUUUGUUUUUUUCCUUUGUGCUCAGUUCUUGGUGAAUUUUUACAUUGACUGACUCUGCAGGUGUUUCUAAAGAUCAGUUCACACCUACAUCCAUUAAAGGGGCUAUCAAUGCCUUCCCAGCUCACAGAAAUAAUUUUAUUUUCUAGACGUUCCAAUCUCUUUAUCAUGAGUUCACUCCUGAGCUGCACACUAUUACUGCAUUAGUUUCCAGGCGGCAGCUUUGCUUUAUUUCAGCAAAGCUCGAAGGUCGUCUUUAGGCUAGUUUAUUUUUUACUGUCGGAGAUCUGUGUUGCUCUGCACUAUAAAAGCCUCCUUGGACUGCCAUGAAACUGGGCAACGCUCCACUGAUGCGUGGCAGAUGGUAUGAAUGAGUGAGGGCGAGUUGUGAUUAAAGCUUUGUGGCUAGCUGAGAAGGGGUCGUCUAAUGUCACUCUGGUUCCCCCUCUUAUUAAAUCUCAACCUGUGUCUCUGACUUCUCUCAUGGCAGAGAGGAAUGAAUUGUUUUGCUCGUCUUUCAAUCAUGCAUCUUUCCAUUUUAAUACCGAAUGAUUUAUCUCGUCUUGCUGAUAUGGUGAAAGUAAGUUGUGAACUUCCUGCCUCUUUGUUUUGUUUUUUUUGUUUUUUUCCAUUCCUGGUUUGUCAGUUAAAAGCCUGUAAAUGUUCAUGUGGGGAAAAUGUCAAAGUUUAUGAAGCUUGUGGACUUUCAUCAAUCUGUAUGAAAGGAUGGCAGGAAAACUCUUCGUCUCCAGCACCGUCCUCUGUUCCUCUGCUACAACACCUUUUAAAACAUGUUUGGGAUAAUGUAUUUUAGGUAAAGAGGAUAAAACCUUCCAUUGAGCAGUUAAUUUUUUUUUUUUUUAGUCAGUCCUGUGGUGGUUUUUAAAGAAGGAUAUUUUUUGUAAGCACCCCUUGAUGCUGGACUGGUAAGAAAGCACAAGGUUAUUUUUCUGAGAUGGAGAAACAUUUUGAAGUUCAGAGCACUGAGACUGUAACUGUCCUGUCCUUUUGUUUUUAUUUUCCUGAAGUCUGAUUUAAACUGUUGUGAUUGUCUGUUUCUAGUGUACUCGCGUCAGCAUACCUUUUUUUCUGUAAAUAGGUUUUUCAAUACUUGCAAUUGAAAGAUUUUUUUUUUCUUUGUAAGUGUAAGUGUGACAUUUUGGUGCAUACUCUUUUGACACCAGUAUGUAAGUACAUACAAAUA